AGGAAAUAUUAAAUCCUGGGAUAUAAACACCGCGCCGGGAGCAGCUCCACCCCAACGCCGCCCCCCUAAAAAGCGGGGUCCCGGCGGGGUGGGGCGGCCAGAAGCGAGGCGAGGAUGGAGAAGAGCAGCUUCGCCAUGGCCAAAUUCGGUUUGGAGCACAAGGAGGCGGUGCCCAAGCGCGACUGCGGUUUUUAUGUCAAAUACAUUUUCCUUUUCACCUCGCUGAUCCAAUUUUUGAUCAUCCUGGGCUUGGUGCUGUUCAUGGUGUACGGGAACGUGCAGGCGGGCACCGACACUCACCUGAGGCUGCUGGAGGAGCAGGUGCAGAGCCACUACGGCAGGAUCGUCGCCCUGAGUGCCACCAACGCCAACCUGAGCCGCGCCCUCAACGCCACCCUCAAGGACAAGGACAAGCUGCAGGCGGUGGCGCUGAAGGUGCAGAGGGAGCUGGAGAAAUGCAACAGCAGCCAGAAUUCCAACAACGGCCCGCAGCUGCAGGAGCUCGUGUACCACCAGGUGAUGCUGGCCCAGUGCCACAUGCUCACCGCCGUCAUCAACACCUCCUGCAACGGUAAAACCCCAAAAAAACAGCCCUGGGCACCCCCUCCCCCACUCUCCUGGGAACCCCAGAACCCCUGA